AUGGCGGGGAAGAAACCCAUCGUCCUGCGGCUUGGCGAGGACAUCAAGUACAAUCACGACUACUACAAGAACGCCUUCACAGAGCGAUUCGAUGUCGUGGCGAACGAAGAACCCGACCGGGCAUCCUUCAUCGAAGCCUUGAAGUCAAAGAAGUAUGGAGAUUUCUCAGCGAUCUUCCGUCCACACUUCCAAACGGGCGGUGAGAUGGGCCAAUGGGACGACGAACUGAUUCCCCUUCUGCCACCGUCGGUACGCAUAUUCGCUUCCGCCGGUGCAGGGUUCAACUGGGCGGACGUCGACGCGCUUGGCCGCCGGGGUGUCUGGUACGCCAACGGUGCCGGUGCCAGCGACGAAGCCGUCUCAGACACAGCGCUCUUCAUGAUUCUCUCGGUAUUCCGCAACUUCUGGCGGGCGCAGCGGGCAGCGAGAACAUGUGACCCAGAGCAGUUCACAGCCAUGCAUAAAUUGGUUGGGAGUAUCUCAUGGAACCCUCGUGACCAUGUCCUCGGUAUCGUGGGCUUGGGUAACAUCAGCAAGAAGCUCGCCUACAAGGCUCGCACCGCCCUUGGAAUGAAAAUUCACUACUUUGACGUCGUCCGCUCGCCGCCCGAAGUUGAAAAGGAGCUGGAAGCGACUUUCCAUUCCAACUUGCAUGAGCUGUUGGCCGUAUCGGAUUGUGUUACGUUGCAUACCCCGCUGAACGCGCAUACCCAAGAUCUGUUCAACCGCGAGACAUUUUCAGCGAUGAAGGAUGGUGCGAGACUAGUCAACACGGCACGUGGGCAGCUAGUACAGGAAGAUGCGCUUAUUGAGGCCUUGCAGAGUGGAAAGUUGUCGGCUGCCGCGCUGGACGUACACUACCUCGAGCCGCAGGUUUCAAAGGUGCUUGCGGACAUGGAUAAUGUGACAUUGACAUGCCAUAAUGGUGGUGCAGCCUUGACGACAAGGAUGAACUUCGAGCUGAAUGCUAUGAAGAAUAUUGUUGAAGUUGUAGGGGCAAACGGUGAUUUCGUUGGCGAGCCGUUGACUCCAGUCAACAGGAAGGCAUUUGAGUCUGCCUCUAAGUAG